AUGCCAUUUCUUCCUAGGAAGUUUAGCGCAGUUUUGAUGGAGAAUGAAAUCACAACUGAGACAGCCAUAGAAGGACUGGAGACCGAUGGGAUGGGCACAUGCGCUGCAACGGUUGUUCUCCUCAUACAGAAUACCAUUAACGUUGAAUCUGAGGUAAUGCUCUUUGUGGCUAAAAUGUUGUAUCGUGUUGUCAUCAAUUACCACAUAUGGUUCUACAUCUUCUGCAUCUUCAGGUACUCCUUCAAGUUCUUUCCCGUUCCAUACAUCCUUUCUGGUAGCACAUUUGGAAUGCACGACAUAGCCACUGCACCUCUUACAAGAAUAGCCCCCACAAGUCCAGUCCACCUUGCGGCGACAAACUCCGCAUACAGAAUUGAUAAGACCAAGAAGAGAAGUGCGAGAAACGCGAUGCUCAUGCCGGUUGAUGUUUAUGACGCGUGGAAGGCGAAGACAGGCUCUAUGGAUCAUGAAACCACAUUGAAAACAUGCCUAAGGGCUGCGAUCUCCCUUAAGCCCGCAAGCAUUACAUGUAAGAGAAUCGAGUCUUGGAAGAAGGGUGAGUUGGUGAUCAUGAGCUUUCAAAUCCACAAGAGAUUGUGGUGGUGGGGUCAAAACACAGCGCAAAUCCAAGGUGAAGUUACAAGGAGAACAAUGAUAAAACCAUUUAUCAACCGUCCUUCCACAAAGACGACAUUUUACAUCGGAAUAGUCUGGUGGAAGGCCUGUAAGGAGCUUGAGAGGGUGCAAAGAAUGGUAAGAGUGGUUUACCUCUUCCGGGCGUAA